UGAAAACGCGCCAUUGUGUUGAAAGAUGUACUAUAUGUGUCAAGCUUACGUGGGCCUUUUCUCUCAAACAAUCUCAAACUUGGAUUUUGACGAUGAUCAACCCUCAUGCAGCAACUCCCCACAAAUACCACACAGCAAAAGUGGCGAAAUGAUAGAGGAAAUGGUCGAGUUUGUGGAAGAGGCGCCCAUUACCGGUGCAAUCACUCCAGCAGGAAGGAAGCGCAAGCGGGUAAAAGAAUCGCACGAACGAUUUGAUCGUCUGUGUGGCAGUAUUGAGGCCGUAAUUGCGAGCAAAGCCCGCUACACCGAUUCUGAUAACAGCGCCUUCCUGCAAAUGCUAGACGAGUGCCUGAAGAAAAAGCCCGAUCACGUGCGUGAACGGCUAAAAAUUGAAUUGCUAACGCAUGCAUAUAAUGCAAACUAAAACUGAUAAUUUUUUCCUAAUUUAAUUAAUUUUUUUAUGAAUUAUGUUUAAUUUUAGUAUAUCUUGACAUAUCGAUGGUCCUUACUAAUGUUAAGUGGCUCAUGACUCAAAUCCAUGUCGAAUCCAUGUACUUACUUUAGAAAUCCUUACUGCUUACCUUAGUAAGGAUUGCAAAUGGACAAGAGACAAGAGCCACUUAGCUGUAGCAACGCCUUUUUAUUUUUUGUGUCGUUAUUGCAGAGGACCAUCGAUAUGUAUGUAUAUGUACACAUAUAUACACCUUCUUAAACGUUCAUAAUGUUUUUCAUGUUAAUUUUCUUUGUCAACUUUUUAUAAAAAAUAAUUUCACACUACGACUGGAAAUUCUUAGUUUUAUACAAAGUUUGAAACUCAGCUUCUUGUCGUUUUUGUUGCGGUAUGAUCAUUAUUUUAUAAAAAGUUAACGAGAAAAAAUUAACAUGAAAAACAUUAUUAACUUUUAAGUAAACUUUUUAGUAAAGUGUAAGUUUCAAGUCGAUAGUUCAUAUUACUUCUAAGUAUAUUCCAAGUACAUACCUGUAUCUUUUCCCAGUUUGAAACGAGCAUUUAAUAUUGAUAAUCUCAAUACUAAAAGUGCAUACUAAUCACUGGGAUAAGAUACAGGUAUGCACCUGCAAUAAAUGGUUAAAUGUAAUAUGAACUUUCAGUUUUGUUGGCUUAGGCUACUUUAACGUAUUGCACACACACAAAUGCAUACAUAUAUACACAUAUAUUGUAUAAGGAAAUAUAUACAUAUACAAACAUGUAAAUAAUUAAUCCCAAUAUGUACCUCAACAUGUACCUAAUAAAUGAGAAAAUGGACUGAAUUAUACAUUUUAAAGUGUAUCUUUUUUAUUUAAAAACUUAUGCGUAGUAUAGUAGCUAUACCAGGUGUGUAAAUAACAUAUACAUUGAAAUGCAAGUAUAUUUGUACAGUGGCGCUACUUGUACA